AUGGAAACACCAAAUCCAUCUCUUUAUUCCAUCUCCAAACAAUUUUUAGUGUUUGGGAGGGGUUCGGAGUUGUUUUUUUACAACUUUAGGGACAAGUCUGAGCAAUCUUUUAACCUCUCUGACGUCCUCUCCGACGUUGAUUUUAACACCAAAAUUGACAAUUUCAACAUUCUCGCACUCUCCACAUACUCCAACAACACUAACAGAGUUACUAAAUCUGAAAGUUUGAGAAAUAAGUCAGAGGUUUCCGACAUCUUUGUCACUGUGUUCCUCUCCAACGGCUUCAUCGUCCUACUCAAACACGACACUCAACUAAAAUACCAUUUUCAUCAUCACAUCCUUUCUACCACUUACCCUCAGAAUGUUACUGUAGAACACACUGGAGAAACUGAGAAUGUUGGAGACACUGUGGAAACUGUAGAAACUGAGAAUGUGGAAACUAUAGAAACUGGAGAAAGAGUAUUGGUAUCUACGAUUAGAGUGAAUGACUGGUAUAGUUUCUAUGUUCUGGGAGGUGUGUUAUAUUUGUUAAGUUGGUCCAGGGACAGGACUGUUAAGCUCCAUGACAAUGUGUUACACUUUAGCGUAUGCACGUCACAGGAUAAGUUAUUACUAGUCCUGGAGAAUUCACUGUGUUUACUCACCGUUGACGAGCUCUUUCUGUCCAAUUGUUUACACAGCCCAGACCCACACCUGGACGAUAGUCACAUGGAACAACUAAUUGACAUUAGCACAUCGGGUUUAAAAAACAUUUUAGUGUCAAAUAAGUUGGUAUUUUUACUGUAUAAGGAGGAGUUGUUAUAUACGUUUUUGAACAAGCUGAGCUUGUACAAGUUUACACCCGUACUAAAUGUGACUUUCUUCAACUUUCAAACGGUCUCAGAUAUUAACCUAGUUCUCACCAUUGACACGGAGUACACAGUUGUCAUCUACGAUUACGACACCGUAAACACUGUUAUCACUCUCAAACAGAUGGAUUUAGUCAGUACUACAGAGGGCCAGAGUGGUGAUUUACGAUAUAAUGUGUGUGUGUUGUGUGAUGACAUGAGUUUGCUCCUGUUUGACAAUCACAAUCUGGUCCACAGCGUAAAAUUACAACUUCAAGAUGAUAAACUUGUACUACACAAUGUGAACAAUUCUGAGAAUGUCACUGAGGAUGUAACGGACACUGGAACUGCAAAGAGAAAUUUAGAAGAAAAAGAGGAAAAAGAGAAAGAAGAGGAGAGAUAUAAGAAGUUGAAGAGUAUAAGGAGGAAGCGGUUUUUGGAUUUGGAGGCGGUGGAGUUUGAGGAUCCGCCAACUCACACCACCGUCCACACUACUGUCCACACUAUGGACGAUUCUAUGGAGAGUAACUCUCAACUCUCCAAAGCCUCCCAAGAUAAAGAAACCGCAACCACAGGGACUGGAACUGAUGGAGAUGUAGAUGUGGGAGAGAUGGGAGAGGGAGAGUAUGACAUUGAGAAUUACUCUUAUAACCAGUACGGCACGGAGAAUUUGAUGUAUUUGGUGAGUGAGAUGAAGAAGUUAAAGAGGAAAGUAAAGCAGUUGGAAUACCUGGCAAUGCCCAAAGAACAUAAAAUACUAACACCAGGACUCUGCCCAAAACCCAACGAUCAAUUCAAACAAUGGUGUUUGUUUUGGAACGAGUACGGCCACAUAAGUAAGCAAAAUAACCUCGAAAAUAAUAACCUACAAAUCUACCUCUUCUCAGGGCCUUUGAGUGGGUAUAUUAAAAAGGUUGAUCGUUUCAGCUGUCAAAUGGCUUCUCUACAUCUCGAUGGGCUUGUUUGUGGCACUAACAUCUUCUCCUCACAUCCCAAAGAUACUCAAGACCACACACAAGACAUUACACGGGAUGGUAUAUCCGAUGUUCCGGUUGACAAUGUGCAGAAAAAGGUUGGGGUGGUGUAUUAUUAUAAUUUGUAUAAUAAUAACGAGAAUUGGGACCGUAGAUUCCCUAAUGAGGAGAUUAAAGCUGUUUCCAUCUCAUCAAACUACAUCGCCGUAGUCACCCACUUGAACAUUCUUUACAUAUUGACUAGGAAUAACAUGUUACUAAAUGUAUCAAAGUUAAAGGGUACAAUAGUGUCACUACUGACUAACAGGAACAUGUUAGUAGUGGUGACGCAGAUAAUAACAAACACACACGACACAGUUUAUAAUGUGAAUAUCCUAUGGAUUAACGGGAUCAAAGGUUUAACUCAUAACAACACACUUAAAAUUAUUACUCUAUACAAUGAUCUACUCAUUCUCAAUCACACACACAUCAAACACAUCGGCCUGAGUAAUGAGUAUGUGUUGUGGUAUAUGGACAGUAAAUACAAGCUGUGGCUCCUGAUUAAUAAUAUUAAGAAUAUUAACAACAAUGACAUUUUGGAGUGGAUUCCCACCACCAACAUCAACUCCAACUACUACCCACUCUACAUCAAUAAUUUCAACUUGUAUUAUAUAAAGCUGAGGAGUGGUGAGCGUUAUCCGAACUGUGGUAAGAACAUAAACUUCUUUGGGUACACUUUGCAUAACUUGAGCAUAACUCUCAACACUGAGACGAAUACGAUAAUCAACACUCACAAGGGCGGAAAUUUGAGAACUGAAGGCGCCUCCAUCGGCAUUGACAGUAGCGUCUUCAUCAACACUAAGCUCCAAGUACCAGAGAGUAUCCUCGAGAACAACAUCGACAUCUACGACGAACUAAGAUACCUACAAAAUAUCAACAUCAACCAACUACAAUACAUCAUCAACAUCAUACAACUCUACAACUAUUGGUAUAUACAAUCUGAGAACUCUGCGGAAAACACUGGUCAUACUAUGGACAAGAAUGAGAUAAACAAGUAUUUGAGUAAUAUUAACAUAUUUGAGAAGAACCACGAUAAACUGUUACUAAGGAUUUUAGCCAAAAUUCAGUCCACAAACAAACUGUAUAAGAAUGUGGACAUAAUACAGAUGUUGAAGAUCCCUAAAUGCUUGGAAAUAGCUAAAACAAUUGUAACCAAUGACAGAUACAGAAAACUAAUCAACGAAUCGUUAAUUCUACUACAAAAGUCCAUGACACUCAAUAAAUAA